AUGGCAUCUCACAUUGAGGCUCCCGAUGUGACACCCGGGACGGUCCACCUCAUCAACAUGCCCGAGGUAGCCGCGUCCGGAGGUGCCAUAGAGCUCGUACCGCGUCCCAGCGACGAUCCCGAAGACCCGCUCAACUGGACUCCGCAACGGAAGCGAAUGCUGGCUGGUAUGGUUCUCUGCUAUACCUUGGGCAUUGGUUUUCCCUUGACCCUCCAGUAUUCCGUCCUUUCCGACAUUACUGCAGAUACCGGCAUCACGACAGCUGCAUUGGUCCAGGGAACGGGCUUGAUGUUCCUCUUCCUUGGAUGGGGCUGUCUGUUCUGGCAACCCAUUGCCCUGGCUUAUGGGAGGCGCGGUGUGUAUUUGAUCUCGGCACUGGCCUCGGUACCGCUCAUGGUCUGGACGGCGUAUACCCGGAGCGAAGGCGAAUGGUAUGCGCACCGCAUCAUCAUUGGCUUCUUUGGCGCGUGCAUCGAAUCCUUGCCCGAAGUCAGCAUUCCGGACGUCUUUUUUGCGCAUGACCGCGGUACUUGGAUGUCACUAUACGUAUUUACACUAUUUGGCUCCAACUUUCUUGCGCCGCUCUGUGCAGGCUGGUUCGCCGAGGCGUUCGGAUGGCGAUGGACGAUGCACUUUGGCGCCAUCAUGGCAGCUGUCACGUUCAUAAUUCUCUUCUUCUUCAUGGAAGAAACAAUGUAUUUCCGCACCACACUGGAGGGUCUAGAACAGGCUGCGGAUGAAAGCCCCGCCACAUCAGAGAAACCUGUUAACGGGGAAAAGACGGGAAUGUCUUCACCGACAGAGACCUCUUCCGAGCCUCCAAGAGGUGGACCUUAUCAAGCAAAGACUAAAAAGGGAAUCUGGGCAAGCCUUAAACCAUUUAGACUUCUUGCCGGACGCCCAUCCCUAAGCUCCAUGUCUAAGUCAAUGUUGCUACCGCUGGUGAUUAUUGCACGAUUCCCCACCGUGCUUUGGGCUGGCUUUAUCUAUGGUAUCAAUCUUUCCUGGUACAAUGUGCUAAAUGGAACAAUUAGCCCAGUCCUCAGUGCCGAGCCAUAUGGAUGGUCAACCGGUGCUGUUGGCUCAAUGUAUGUCGGGCCUAUCAUUGGUGCCGCCGUCGCCUGUGUAUGGUCAGGCAUCGUGGCCGAUCGCUUCGCUAUUUAUUUGGCAAAGAAGAACAAGGGCGUCCGCGAGCCCGAGCAUCGCCUGUGGCCCCUUGCCAUGUCCUCAGUUCUCUCGUGUAUAGGCUUGAUCAUCUGGGGCGUCGGUGCAUACUAUGAUAUCCAUUGGGUCGGUCUGGCCUUUGGAUUGGGGAUUUUGACUUUUGCUUGUGUGACAGGCGGGUCUAUUGCAUUAUCAUACAACGUGGACUGCUUUAAAGAUAUUAGUGGACACUCAACUACUUCCGUAAUAGUCAUACGUAACACCAUGGGUUUUGCGAUAUCAUACGGAAUUACACCCUGGUAUACAAAUAUGGGAAUGCGAAACUGUUUCAUCAUGGCUGGAUUCCUGUCAUUGGGGUGUACUGGGACUUUCUUGAUAAUGAUUUGGAAAGGAAAGUCUCUGCGAAGAAGGUCAGCUAAGCAGUAUUGGGACCUUGUUGGAAGAGUUCAUGCUCUUCUAUGA